AUGGCCGACACCGGGGGCGCCAGCACGUUUUGUGAGAUGGCGCCGGCGGCGGCCGUGAGGCCCACCGCAGAUGUUACGGUGCCGCAGCGGAGGAGACACCCGACGCAGCUGCUGCGCAAGUUCACGGAGUGCCGCACCCUCUUCUUGUGCUGCGAUAUCCAGGAAAAGCUGGCGGACAAGAUCCCUGGGUUCAACGAGACCAUCCGCAUCACGAACAACAUCGCCCUCUUCUGUGAAAUGCUGGGCCCGACGUACUGUAACGUGCUGGCCACGGUGCAGUACCCGGCCGGUGUGGGGCCACUCUACCACGAGAUCCAGCUGCCGCCGAAUGCCCCCGUGUUCCCAAAGAUGGAACCAUCGAUGCUGUUGCCCGAAGUCCUGCCAUACCUCUACGGUGACGCGGAGCACGGCGUUCUGCCGGUGCAGCAAGUAGUGCUUUGGGGGCACGAGACACACGUGUGCGUGCUUCAGACGGCCGACGAGCUGCUGCGCCGCGGCUUUCGCGUAGCGAUCGCGACGGACGGCUGUGCGGCGCAGCGGCGCCUCGAUCACGAGGUCGCCAUUAUGGAGAUGUCCAAGUGGGAGGGGCUGCUGCUGACAAAUUCUAUCGGCGUGUACACGACGAUCGUGCGCGCGGACGACAUCUUAUGGGAGCCGGUGCUGCAGCUUAUUCAAGAUGGCGCGCACGCGUUCAGGCGGCCAUACGAGCGCUCCGAGGACCCAUCGGUGCCGCCGCGCGAGCGCGAACGUCAAUCAUGA